CCUGCUUCAGCCCCACUAUAAAACGCGCGCUCUAGCUAGCGGCGAAGAACCGCGCGCGCCACAGCGACCGGAGUGGAGGUGGAGCCCAGCCCAUCCAUGGAGGCCGCCGCGGAUCUCUCCGGUGCGGAGCGGGGCAAGGACGACGACGCGGCGGGCAGGCUCACCUACGAGAUCUUCUCCCUCCUCGAGGCCAAGUUCCUCUUCGGCCGCGACGUCGGGCUCGUCCCCGCCGGGCUCCCGCGCGCGGCGCCCGCGGCGGGCAAGGUGUGCGUCCUGUCCAUCGACGGCGGCGCGCGCGCGGCCGACGGGCUCCUGGCCGGCGCCGCGCUGGUGCGGCUCGAGGCCGCGCUGCGGCGGCGCGCGGGGAGCCCGGCCGCGCGGCUCGCCGACUUCUUCGACGUCGCCGCGGGGUCCGGCGCGGGUGGCGUCCUCGCCGCCAUGCUGUUCGCGCGCGGGCCGCGGGGGCGGCCCAUGUACACCGCCGAGGACGCGCUCGCGUUCCUCCUCCGCCGCGUCCGCUGGGGGACCUGGUACCCGCGCGCCGGCGUCGCCGUCCGGCUGCUCCGCCGCGGCGGCGGCGGCGGCCCCGGGUGGUCCGCCUUCGGCAGGGCGCUCGGCGACCUCACGCUCCGGGACACGGUGCGGCCGGUGCUGGUGCCCUGCUACGACCUCGCCACGCGGGCGCCGUUCCUCUUCUCCCGCGCCGACGCCGCCGAGUCCCCCGCGCACGACUUCCGGCUCCGGGACGUCUGCGCCGCGACGUGCGCGGGCGGCGCCGCGGCGGCGGCCGUCGAGGUCCUGUCGGUGGACGGCGGCACGCGGAUCCGCGCCGUGGGCGGCGGCGCCGCGCUGGGCAACCCCACGGCCGCCGCAAUCACGCACGUCCUCAACAACCGGCGCGAGUUCCCCGCCGCGGCCACCGUCGACGACCUCCUCGUCAUUUCCAUCGGCACGGGGGAGCCCGCCGGCGGUGGCAGCGGCCGGCGCGCCAGGGCGCCCGAGGUCGCCCGGAUCGCCGCCGAGGGCGUGUCCGACAUGGUGGAUCAAGCUGUCGCCAUGGCGUUCGGACACAGCAGGACGAGCAAUUACAUCCGCAUCCAGGGCACGGGGAGCCGUCGCGGCGGCGGUGGUGGGAGAGCGCCGAGGGCGUGCGGCGGCGAGACGAGGGAGCAGGCGGUGUGGAAGGCGGAGGCGAUGCUGCUGCAGAGGAGCGUGGAGUCGGUGCUGUUCCAGGGCCGGAAGCUGGCCGGCGAGACCAACGCCGAGAAGCUGGAGCGCUUCGCGCGGGAGCUCGCCAAGGAGCACGCCCGCCGGAAGCAGCAGCAGCAGGCCGCUCAACAGGCGAGCCCCGGCGACGGUACGCCGGCCGUCGUUUCUUCAGCCACACCCAAGCAGACGCCGCACAAGGCAACCACGUCGUCGUCGUCAGCCAGCAGCACCGCCGGUUCAACGGAGGCCGCGAAACCCGAACCUCCACCCCCGCGGCGGCGCCGGCGCGCGCCGGCUGCGACGACGACGAAGCGAGCUCCGGCGGCGCCGCCGCAUUGCUAAGCUUUUGUACUCGGACCGAUUUUGCUGCUGCGUUCCUGUGCAGAUGAAUUCUCCCGAGACGAUCGUUCAUGCCGUGGCAGUGUACUCGUCGCAAGUUGUGUCAUCGACUCAUUGUGUGCAAGCUGCGAAGCUGGGGGGGUGGAUUUGGUCUGCC